AUUCCGUGAAAUCGCUCGAUUUCGUGCGUUUGUGUUUUCACUGCGAUGACAGCUCCCUAGCGGCGAAGGAAUGCACAAGUGACAGCCACAACAGCGAGCUGUCAUCCGUCAGUCCCAUCCAAACGUUCCAUCACAGCAGCAGCAGCAGCAGCAGUAGCAGCAGGAGCAGAAGCAGCGGUCCGUUUCCUAUUUUGUUGGGCUUUAUUUUUGCGUUCUGCAAGGUAAACUCUUUUCCACAGCGUGACCCUUGAUUGUCGGCGAAACAAUAUUCGCCAUUUUGUGCGUGUGGUGGCAGUGAUGGUGGCAUAUUUCCCGUGUGCCUGUGUGUGAUGUGUAUGCUGGCUGUUAAGUGAAUCGUGCGAGGCGCACGCCAGCAGCAGCGGACAUCGGUCUGCCUGGUGCUUUCCGUACAACAACAAUCAAUCCCGGUCCAAUCAGCCAACCCAAACAGAACAACCUCGGCCAGAGGCGAACCCCCCCACCCCCGGGUCCCACGCGUGCUCAAUCAAGUGCCGUUCAAACUUUCGUACAAUCAGCACCUCAAGCGCCCCACCAACAACAACAACAACGAAGACAAACAAAAACGCAGAAAAUCUCUCCCGGCAGAAGAAAAUAAAGUAAAACAACAAAACGAUGGAUCCCACCGAUGAGGAGGCUUCGGCUAACCAGCUGUCGUCCGACGAUAUCGAGCAAAACUUCCUGACGCAGUUUAGCUCGAUGGUGACAACGGACAAGGAGGAGCUGAUCCACCAGUUUCAGUCGAUCGGCGAGAACGUUAAUUACUCCACGGCGACCUUCUUCCUCGAUAUGACCAACUGGAAUCUGCAGGCCGCGGUAGGAUGUUACUUUGAUUUUAUGGCCCAAAAUCGGCAACCGUCGAUGAAGCUGCUCAACGACAUCACAGUAGGCAAGGGCGAGAAGAUCACACCAAACACAGCUAUCAAGCUGACCUGGCUGCUGCAGAACAAUGGUGAGGUGGCGUGGCCAAGCGGCACGUACGUGAGCCUGCGCCAGAUCCCCAACCUGCGGGAGCAAAACAUUCCGCUGUCGUACGAGGACCUGAAGUACUACGUGCCUGCCGUGCUGCCGAACGAUACGGUGACCGUGUCGGUGCAGCUGGUCAGCCCGUCCACGGUCGGGCUGUUCGAAACCGUCUGGUCGAUCUACACCCCGAGCGGCAUCAGCUUCGGAGAAAACAUCAUUUCGCGGAUCGAGGUAAGCGCGGAUGGCACGAUGGCGGUCACGCAACAGUUUUCCCAUCUGCAAACUAGCUCGACCGCCGAGCUGAAUCCGCAGCAGAACGCCCCGGAGUCGCAGCCGAACCAGCUGGACGAUAGCGAAAUGUGGGGAUAGCCAAGCGACAACAGCGUUCGGACUACCGCGCCAGCCACCUCUGUACAGCACACUGUAGUGUAAUGACUUGUUUCCGGCCCUUGUGUCUGCGUUGCCGUUCCUACCCUCAGUUGCUGGCUGCCGCAUACUACACUCUCCACUAAUCGAGUUCGUUAGUUUAUUUAAAUUAUUGAAUUGCCACUUUUCUGACUAAACAGAUCAUACCAAAACAUUGCGAUGCGUAUUCAAUUCGGAGCUUGCUUGGCGGAGCUGAUCGAUCCCCCUUUUGAUCAAGGCUUGAUUUUGCAUGAUUUUCCUUCCCGCGGCCCGUGCUGCUGUUGCUUGGUUGGUGCGGAGUGGCGGGUGGAGCAGUGGGGAAUGGCAAAAAUACAUGUUUUUAAUGAAAAAUAUUAUUGUAGAGGAACGCUGCUAAUGCUUGAGGCAUAUAAUAUUCCUUUCUUUGGUGUGCUAUGCUCUAUAUUUCAAUGGACGUUCUUUAAAACGUCAUAAAAAAAAACAAAUUGUCACGUUCACUCCCAAUCACUAAACCGAUCGUUUAUUUAGCCUCAUUUAUUUAACGUAGAUCGGAAAACGCUAAAAAGGUAGAGGCGUUUCAUUGUAGUAAACUUUACCAACAAAGACAUUUUAAAAAGAAUUAUUUAUUUACAUCUAACAUCUCUUUGUGCAAUGCACGCUGUGAAAACGCAUUGGCAACGCUUACCGCUUUUGAAAGCAUUACAAUCUUUCACGACCCUUCUGCUCUCCACCCCACCCCGAAAGCCCUUCAGCUGCACAGGACAGGGCGCGCGUUCGACAAUAAGUUUUCGGAAAGUUGAGCGAAACAAGCCUUGAUCCCCUAUGCGCUUUGGCUGUGUGCUACGGAGCUCGACCGGAGCAUCGCUGAUUUAUACUAAAGAUUUGCUCAAACGAAAGCAUCACAACUGCAACAAAAAAAAACGGCAAAACCUUACACAAAUAGGGGCUCAGCAGAGGGAAACCGUUGUAGCAACCAAAGGAUUAUUAGAGAACCGUUUGAAUCGAAAGGGCUGCGCGCACGGCUAGUGCGGUGGAUGGAGAAAGGAUAAGAAUUUAAUCGUUAAGAACCCUUUUGCUCCCCUCCGCUAUCGUCUAAAAAAAAACGAAACAAAGCAACCCAAACCUCGUCCCACAAAACGUCUGAAACUCAAGAUCGAAACUCGCGCGACCGCCUGGAAAGCAGCCGGAAGACUUAAUUUAUUUGCUUGCUGUGUGGCAAAGCGACGAGAAUCUAAAUUUAAUUUAUCUGAUUAGAAUUGUUAAACUCUCACAACUGACAGGCACGGCAACGGGGUGGGAAAAGCGAAGCACGAGAGCGUUUGUAAACCAACUCCUCUCGCGACUCCAUCCAUGCGCAACAUCUAUGCCGGGGUUGUAGGCGAAGCAAAAGGGAAUUGUUAUUGCAGCUCCCCAUUGCUACCUUGUACAGAAACACCACUUGCGCGUGAUUGUUCUUUUUUUGUUCGCUCAUUAAUGUUGUCGUUUUUCGUGCGAUUUAAUAAUAAGUAAGUAAUUUUGCGUAAUUUUGCGUAAUUUUGCAUGCAAAGUUAACCCAUUACUGCCCGGGCGUUGCUCAAAUGAGCUGAAACUGUAUAUUACACCUUAGGUUUGUGCCAACAUGCGGGGCGGAGAGACAGAUUUGUUGUUGUUGUUUGCGAAAAGAUCUGUUUAGAGGCUACCUGAAACGCCGGGCAGCUAGCAGCUAUCAAAAGCCGGAAAUCAUUUGAAAAUCGAACUUAAAAUCGGGUUUGCUCAUCAUCAAAUGGAAUUCAGAAAUGAUUUUAAUAAUUCAUCACCACUAUCGGCUUAAGAAUCGUUGUGUGUGGAGGCUGGACGAGGUACUGCGAAGGGUGCAUAUUAGUCAGAAUCGGUUCCGGAUUUGCAUUCGGGUUCAGAUUCGCAAUCGGGUCCGGAUUCGCAAUCGGGUCCGGAAUCGAAAUCGGCUCCGGAAUCGGCUUCGAAAUCGGAAACGGCUCCGGAAUCGGAAUUGGUUCCGAAAUCGGAAACGGCACCGGAAUAGGAAUUGGAUCCGGAAUAGGAAUCGGCUCCGGAAUCAGAAUCGGCUCCGGAAUCGGAAUCGGAUCUGCUUUUGGAAUCGGAAUCGGUUCUGGAAUCGGAAUCGGCUCCGGGAUCAGAAUCGGCUCUGGAAUCGGAAUUGGCUCCGGAAUCAGAAUCGGUUUCGGAAUCGAAAUCCAACUGGGCUCCGAGAUCAGAAUUGGCUUAGAAAUCGGAGUCAGUUUCGGCAUCUUCACAAGAAUAGACUUUGGAUGCAAUGAUGCUACAUAUUGAUAGCCGCAAAGAAUCUAAAUUUACUUGUACACGAUAGCCUUUCUCAUGGAGAUUCCAGGACUGAUAUCGCUUCUGAAACUUCUUAUUUCAAUUCAAAAACUGAUUCGCAUCCCGGAGCUAAUUCCAAUUCUGGAGUCAAUUCUGAUUCCGUUUCCGGAUCCAAUUUCGACAACGGAAUUGGCUCCGGGUCAAACUUCGGAAUCGGAAUCGAUUCAAGCAUCGGUGCCGAGCUCCCACCAGUAGUGCAAAUCCAGACAUAUUCAACAUGCUCCGCUGAUUUUUGUUUGGAUUCGUGCUCAUCAAAUGAUUUAUUUCGCCAGAUUUAACUUCCGAUGAUUUUGGUGACACACCAUUUUCAAACGAAGAAGGAUUCAAAAACUUAAAAAAAAAAUUACUACUCCUUGUGCUUGAUAUCUCCUUUUUACACUUGGCUAGUAACGUUUUGUCCCAAUUUUGAGGAAUAUAAUCAAUCCUUCAAGAUGGAAGAAACGGCGUAAUUCAAACACAACAAAACCCAAAAAGAAAAAUAGAAAAGACAGAUGAUACUGGCACAAAAGAGCACUAUAUUAAAUUAUAGUGUUAUAUCAUUUACAAUGCGCGUUCAGCUGGUGGAAAAUAGCUCUCCAAAAACGGACUGUUUACGCUAGGCAGUAAUGGGUUAAAAGCAAGCGCAACAGUGCGCACAGCGCACGCGUGAUCUCACACAGCUUCUUUAACAAAGUCUGAUCCACACAUCUACCACCCGCCGGACAGGGCAGGUCAGGUGCGGCACAGUGCGGCACACACACACAGCCUGUGCUUGUGGUUUUGCUGCUUGACCAUAGCAGCUCGUUUUGGCAUCUGAAGUCGAUUAAGCCAGGGCGGCAGGGUUUCAGGGCUGUCCUGCUGGGUGUAUAUGCGAGUGUGUGUGUGUGUGUGUGCGUCCGUCAAUUCUUGCUGAUGCAUGAAAAGCUUGCAGCGUUCUGCAGGCGAGCCACUUUUUAAGCAAGCACUGACACACCGAAGAAGAGUGGCUUGUAAUAUCAUCAAAAUCGCUAACCCAUUGUAUAAAUAAAUGAUAAAAUUGAAAAAAAAAAACAUUUUGGUGCAAAGACAGAGAGAGAGAAAGAGUGAGAUAGACAGAGAGAGAAAGAGUGAGAUAGAGAGAGAGAGGAGAGAACGAGCGUAGUGCUAAGUAGCGUUAGCAGUAAGUGAUGAAGUGUUAACAGAAUUUUGAUACUAUGAUUAGUGGGAUUUUUUUUCUCUCCUUUUUGUUCAUUUUUCUUUGUUUAUUUGUUUGCUUGUUUGCCGCGGGGGGAAAAGGAGGGGGGACGGGCGUGAGAACCGGUGCCAUACGCACGAUUACGAGUUAGGGAGUUAUUCAUAUUGCGAGCGAUUUUUACGCCACAUACCCUUUGUGCAGUUGAUUUGUACUUGUUUUUUUUUUUCAUUUUGUCUUGUCCAAAGUUAAGUAACUUUUUUUGCCCUCUAGUGGGGGUGAUGAUAGAUAUAAGAGAAAGAAGAGGAAGCAGAAUAAAACAAAACUAGAAACAGCUGUUUCACACCUUGUA